CAAGCGCGUGUCCAUGUCUGUCCGGUGCAACUCUUCAAAAGACACUUUUUCCUCUCUCUCUCUCUCUCUCUCUCUCUCUCUCUCUCUCUCUAAAACACUGCACUUUUCACUUUCACACACUAUCAUCAAUAACAUCAUUCCAUUAUUAUACUCUUUCCUACCUUUCUCUUCUGUUUCAAACCUCUCUCUCUCUCUCUCUCUCUCUCUCUGGAAACUUGUUCAUCCUCAUCUUCUCUUCCUUCAACUAAUUCAAAACACAACAACCCAUAUUUUUUCUGAUCAUUUCCUUUCUCUACUCCAAAAGAGUUACUGUUUUUACUUUUUAUCAUAUAAUAAUAAUAAUAAAAAAAAAGGAGAAAAAAAAAUGGAUGCUAUAAGGAAACAAGCUAGCAGAUUAAGAGAGCAAGUUGCCAAGCAACAACAGACUAUACUUAGACAGUUGGGUCAACUUAGCAAUGAACCACUCAUGGCCGAUGAAUCUGAACUUGAAUGUUAUCAUAAACUUCAAAAGUUAUACACUUCUACAAAGACUGCUAAGCAUUUUCAGCGGCAUAUUGUUCGUGGUAUCGAAGGAUUCAUGUCUGUUAGUUCCAAGCAAAUGGAGAUAGUGAGGAAGUUGGCGAAGGAUUGUUGCAAGUAUGGGACUGAGAAUGAAAAGCAUGAUAGUAAUUACCCCCUUGCAAGUGCUUCUCUUCAAUUCGGUAACUCAUAUGAUAUAUUGGAAAAUGAGAGGGAGACUUUGCUUGGGAUCUUACGUGAUCAGAUCUCGGAACCACUGCGGGCACAAAUAACAGGAGCUCCUUUGGAAGAUGCACGCCACCUCACCCACAACUAUGACAAACUUCGUCAAGAAGUAGAAGGCCAGGCUGCUGAAGUUUUGAGGCGUCGAUCAAAGUUGAGGGAUUCUUCUCUUUCGGCAGAGAGUUCAAUGAGGCUUCAGAAUGCAGAAAAAAGGUUGAAAGACCAUAAAUCUGCCUUGGUAGCACUUGGUAGAGAAGCAACUUCUGCUAUGUCGUCAGUUGAAGAACAACAGCAACAUAUAACUCUCCAGAGCCUUUCUACAAUGGUGUAUGGUGAACGAACCUAUCAUCAGCAUGCCCUUGUUAUUCUAGAAAAACUAUAUGCUGAGAUGAUCAUUAUUGAGGAGAGACAAUCAAAAGACUCUACAUUUCCAUUGCCAAAAGAUGGACAUAAUCAACCUGCAGAUGAGAAAGUUAGUUCAAAUGGCAUUGAUGAUAAACACAACACCCAAAUGGGCACAUACUUUUUCGCUAAGGUCAUACAUCCAUUUGACGCUCAAGCUGAAGGGGAGUUAAAUUUAUCAGUUGACGAUUAUGUUGUAGUCCGUCAGGUUGCUGGAAAUGGAUGGUCUGAAGGAGAAUACAAUGGCAAUGCUGGAUGGUUUCCCUCUGCAUAUGUACAGAGACAGGACGUAGUACCAGCGAACAAGAUACCAGAAUAACAUCAAAGUUAUGCCAACAUUGAUCUUUUGAAUAGACAAGGCAAUAACUGUAUAUUCUCGUAAUCACGGUAUAGGCACAUUUGAAAAGCCAUAGCACGUGCUUGCAUUUUUUUGGGCGGUUCUGUGAUCUGUGUAGUAUGUAUGUUAUACAUGUAAGCAUAAAUUGUAUACAUCAGUUAUAAUAUGUAGAUUGAUAUAUGAUUUGCAUUUGCUUAAGUCCUUACUCCUUAGGAUCAUCUAAGGAACUUAGUUUUUGAGAUGGAUAAAUGUCCAUAUUAUAUAGGGUGGUCUGUAAUUCUUCUAAAUGAAAACAUGGUGAGAAACCUUGUAUUAACAAAAUUUUCAAUGCAUUAUUUUGUAUAUAGUAGUUUGCAUCUUUUUUUCUAA